CGCUGCGGGUCGUCUCGGCGCACGCUUGGCGGCUCCCGCGGGCUUCGCGGAGAGCGGCAAGUCGAGGGGGAAGAAAGCCGGAGCCCACCCCGGCCUGCGGUGGCGUCGAGGGCAAGCGUGCGUCGGCGGGCACAAGCUGGGAGAGGGAACCGGUGGCGGCUGAGUCGGGCUGCACAACUUUUCUCGGCUCCUCCGCCCGCCCUCCAGCCCCGAUCCAUGCCCUGGCCGCGGCCCGGCUACUCGUCUCGUCGCUGACGGCGCCCGCCGCUCCGGACAGGACCCAUGCCCUGCGCGCUCCGGGGGCCGUAGGCUGCAGUGGCGCCGCGGCUCCGGGGCCGGCGGGGGCGCCGCGGACGUGGGGGGCGUCAAUGGAUCGCCACUCCAGCUACAUCUUCAUCUGGCUGCAGCUUGAACUCUGCGCCAUGGCCGUGCUGCUCACCAAAGGUGAAAUUCGAUGCUACUGUGAUGCUGCCCACUGUGUGGCCACUGGUUAUAUGUGUAAAUCUGAGCUCAGUGCCUGCUUCUCUAGACUUCUUGAUCCUCAGAACACAAAUUCCCCACUCACCCAUGGCUGCCUGGACUCUCUUGCAAGCACAACAGACAUCUGCCAAGCCAAACAGGCUCAAAACCACUCUGGCACCACCAUGCCCACGUUGGAAUGCUGUCAUGAAGACAUGUGCAAUUACAGAGGGCUGCGUGAUGUCCUCUCUCCUCCCAAGGGUGAGGCCUCAGGGCAAGGAAACCGGUACCAGCACGAAGGUAGCAGAAACCUCAUCACCAAGGUGCAGGAGCUGACUUCUUCCAAAGAGUUGUGGUUCCGGGCGGCCGUGAUUGCUGUGCCCAUUGCUGGAGGGCUGAUUUUGGUGUUGCUGAUCACAUUGGCCUUGAGGAUGCUUCGAAGUGAAAACAAGAGGCUGCAGGAUCAGAGGCAGCAGAUGCUCUCCCGUUUGCACUACAGUUUCCACGGACACCAUUCCAAAAAGGGGCAGAUUGCAAAGUUGGACUUGGAGUGCGUGGUGCCGGUCAGCGGGCACGAGAACUGCUGCCUGACCUGUGACAAAAUGAGACAAGCGGACCUCAGCAACGAUAAGAUCCUCUCGCUGGUUCACUGGGGCAUGUACAGUGGUCACGGGAAGCUGGAAUUCGUAUGACGGAGUCUGACCUGAGCUAAACUUCUGGAACCCUUGAAGGCCUUUUGAGUUCUGCUGGACAGGAGCACUUUAUCUGAAGUCAAAUAAACUCAUGUAAUCAUCUUUGAGAGACAAAAAUGAUCUCGGCAAACAGAAUCUGGGAUAUUUCUUCUGAAGGAUUAUUUGCACAGACUUCAAUACAGUCAAAUGUAUUAUUUGCUUCAAAAUUAUGAAAAGCAAAGAGAAGACUAUGUACACACUGUUGUUACCAGGGCGAUUUGCAUCUGAGGGAGCUGGAAACGAGUACCUGAAAUAAACGAAACUGUGCUCCCUGUAAGCUUCUACAUCCUGAUUUAUUGUCAAGAUUUAAAAGAAAUAUAUAUAUAUUUUGUCUGAAAU